AUGCAGGAGAAGCUCGCAAACAACCAGACACCCGCAUCGUCGAGGGCUUCCUCGUUUUUCAUCGAGAAUCUACUGGGCACGGGGCGCGUCGGGCAGGAGUCGACGGCGGAGCGGAAUCGGGUCAACGCCGAAAGGGUGGGCGUCAGCAGGGGAGAGGAGAUGGGCUUUCCCGUCACAAUCCUGACGGGAUACGACGAAACCAAAUGUGCUCAAACGCCCACCGGCUACUGCCUGUCGGCGCGCUCUGCCGAGGCAGCCUCUCCGUUUGGAUGCUACGGCGCGGGGGCUGCUCCCAACCUGGACGCGUUGGACGCGCCAAGCAGUCCGAGAGAUGACACACGGGGUUCAGAGGAUCGCUGCUGCUCCAUGUCGACCAGCGACAGAGACUCCCCCGCCGUGUCCGAGCCCGCCGAGGGCGGCGAUGAAACCGACAGGAAGACGGACGACAGCGAGGAGGUGCAGAACAACAGCUUUGACGAACGUUCGGACCACGAGGCGCUCUCGGACCCGAGCUCUGCGCGGAAGAAGAAAACCCGAACCGUUUUCAGCCGCAGCCAGGUGUUCCAGCUGGAGUCCACCUUCGACAUGAAGCGCUACCUCAGCAGCUCGGAGAGGGCCGGCCUGGCGGCCUCCCUCCACCUGACCGAGACCCAGGUCAAAAUCUGGUUCCAGAACCGCCGGAACAAAUGGAAGAGACAGCUCGCGGCGGACCUCGAGGCCGCCAGCGUUUCUAACUCCUCUCAGCGGAUUGUCAGGGUGCCCAUCCUGUACCACGAGAGCCCCGGGCCCGGCGCGAGCGCCGCCGCCGCAGCCGCCGCCGCCGCCGCGCUGGGCUUCAAUCUGAACCUGCACCAGAUCUCCCACGCGCCCGUCUCCAUCAACUACCCCUUGUCCUCGUUCGCUCACUCCAUGAGCAUGCUGAGGUCGCAGAUGACCGGCUUAGUUUAAGAAACUGCUGAGACCGUGCGGGAUCAAACCUUGUGUUGUUUGUGCAUAUCAUCUGCCUACUAUAUUGAUAAUCGUGCAAUAACUCACACGCGGCCGCGGGAAACCAUGUUGUUGACUGCAUCCAAAGAAAUCCUCUGCAGAGACCAGAAUUAUAGCUAUUAUACAAGAACCAAUCAUUUUUAUGUUUCAUUUUUUGCAAAAAUAAAUAAAUAACAAAUAUUUGCAAAAGUCUAUAUACUCUUGUCACUGUAGGCGACGGUAAUACUCUCUUAAGCAUGCAGAGGC